AAAAAUCAAGUCCUUUCACAAUAAGUAACCCUGAUUAAGGUGAUAUUUGUUGAUGGUAAUAGCUUGAUCGGGUGUUCUUUUGUCCGUGUGGCACAUGGCUGAAUCACAAAAGAAACCCAUACUCACUCGAGUACUACACUAGAAACGUAACACGAAACUCUGAUUUAUUUCAUUCAAUUCAGGCAUUACCAUAAGCAGGCACAACGGUCAUGACGCCAGGCGUAAGCAGUGGUAGCUAGUUUCACCAUCCUCCGAUACCGGUACCGACUGACAAGUGGUGUAGAUCGACUGACAAACCGGAAGUACCAUCUCUGGAAUCCCCGCUGAAAUCAUCAUUCGGGUAUUAGUCUAUUUCCUUCUCAAUUCCUGUCUCAUUGAAAUUGGAGUCAUGCAUGCAGUGCACGUAAGUUUCUCCCUCAUACCAGGAUACGACGAUCUCUAAAUGAAUGGAUAUUAGGAAAAAUUCAACGCAAACUCUUAAAUGAUACUGAAGUACAGGUGCUUCAUACGCUACUAUUGGAAUUAAUCGUCAACUUCAUAAUGGCGUUGUUUGGAGAUGCUGUUCAAGGAUGCUUCAGGGUGUAUUUGCCCAUCAUGCUCUUAUGGAUUAUUUCUCCUGCAAGAGGUCAGGAUUGCUCUGCUUCAGGGGAAGAUGUCUUUGAAGGCUAUCGUUAUGUUUUCUACCAUGGUACCGAUGGUGUCCACAGAACUUUCUCAGCCACACGAACACACUGUCAAAGCCUAGGAGGUGAUAUGCCCAUCAUCACAUCAGCUGCACAAAAUAACUUCAUUGCCUCAAAACUAACGGCUGGGCAGGGAAGCUAUUACAUUGGCUUGGAAGAUAUGGACCAGAAUGACCAUUAUGAGUGGAUUGAUGGAACGAGUCCGGGUAUGUGUAGCAAUACAAUAUUAUACAGAUAUUGCCUACCUAGAGUUUUAAUAUAACAUUUUCACUCCCGA